GAAGUACAUUAGUCAUGGUGACAGCCUUCCUGGUAAAGAAAGUUUGGUUUAAGAAAGGGGAUAUCCUGAAUUGCAACCUGUUCCUCAAGUUGUCCAUUACCGUGUGUAUAUCCUAAGGAAAACAGAUGCUUGCUUCUGCUACUGAAGUUCAGGCCACAAAUCCAAGGUAACUUCGGAUUUCACUUUUGGUGCAUGCAAAAUUCUACUUUGCUCACUUGAAAUGGAUAACUCAGGAUUUGAACUGCAUGAAGAAACACCUCCAAGUCCCUCAGUCAAAAUGGAGAGGAAAAAACAAGAACACCCAAAAAAGAGCCGCUGGUCCCUGCUCAACAUCUUUCUGGUUUGCCUCUUGGCCUGUGCCAUCACCACUGUCUUAGGGGUGCUGGUUUUGUCUCUGGUCUAUACCGCCAACACCGGAUUCAAACCAAAAUACGAUGCUAGCGCAGAAAAGCGUAGAGCUGCUUCCCUGGGAACUUCAAGAGUAACAUCUGCCCAGGUGGACCCCAAGUUCCAGUUUCUCCACCAGCUUGCUAAAACCAAGAAGCAUGAGUUCCCGGGCGGUACCAUUCAGUGGUCAAGAUUCCGGAAAAACGCCAAUGAGUACCAGAACAAGGAAGAGAUGGAGUUUGGAAGAAGCAUCAAUGCUCAGCGCUCCAAGAUGACGUUUGGAACUUUGCGGAUUAAGAGCAAAGGACUGCGUGCACCACACUGGCAUUUCAAUGCCAAUGAGCAUGGCUACCUCUUAAAGGGCACUGCAUGGAUUGGGGUUGUUGAUGCUGGUGGAAAUACCGUAACCACAUACAACGUCACAGCGGGCCAGGUCAUUUUCUUCCCUCGAAACACGGUGCAUUGGCUCAAGAACGUCGGUACAGAAGACUGUCUGUUCUUGCUGUUCUUCACAACCCAUGAAGAGCUUCAAACUCUGGAUCUGGAUGAUACGUUUUUCUUAACACCUGAAGACAUAGCAGCAAGGUCACUAAAGCCUCAAGGUGGAGUGGCCUUCAUCAGGUCUUUCCAGAAGCAAGCAGAAGACCAAGCUGUCAACCUUCCUCCAAACCUAGCAGAGUUCGUUCAGAAUCCCAACUACCAGCAGUCUGAAGACCCACUUGUGUGGCGGUACUUCUUUGAUCUCAAAGGGUCAACUGAGUUCCGUUUCCCCGGGGGAAUAAUCCAGUUUGCUCGGUAUGUGAAAGAUGGAAAAGGCUUGAGUACGAAUGAAAGAAUUUACAGCGAGUUUCUCCAUUCAAAGGAAGAUGCUCUUACUUUGGGGACACUCAGGAUCUAUAGCAAUGGUCUACGGCAGCCUCACUUUCAUUUCAAUGCCAACGAGAUGGGAUACGUCAUCAGUGGGUGUGGACAGGUGGGCAUUAUCGUUUCACCAUCACUCACCACUGACUUCACCAUUGGCGUUGGAGAUGUCGUGUUUUUCCCCGUCGGAACCCAACACUACAUCAAGAGCACAUGCGAUGAAGAGUUGCUUUUCAUUUUGGCAUUCAGCACUGCGAACCAGCUGCAGACCCUUGAUAUGGAUGACUAUUUCCACCGCACGCCAGACCAUAUACUAGCCCAGCUUUUCUUCAAAAAGCAGGGCGAAUUUAAGAAGAUUCCACAUUUUAACGAGGAUCAGGCAAUUAAUCUACCGUAGCAGCUUCACUACAUCAACGAAGAAGUCUGCAUGAAACCACUUGUUAUUAAUAAUGUUAAUGCUGCCUUGGAAGAG